AUGGCGGCAAGUGACGCUAACCCUAAUCACAAAGAAGGACAAAGCAAGUCGUCGAGUGUGGUUAGUGCGACAGGUUCCGGCGAAAACGUCGAUCAGAGCGACGUCGUCACCGUGCGUGAACUUUUGGGUGUGAUUAUGGAAAAGGACCGGCUACUGUCAGACCUGCUGCGACGAUUGUCAACAUCGACGCCAAUAGGACCAGAAGCAACGCAAGAUGUGACAACAUUUCAGGUCAUGCCCGAUCUAAGCAAGAACUUUGUGAAUUUCGAAGCCACCGAAGGCGCGGCAUCGGCCAAGGAGUGGUUGGAGAAUUUGCGGAGAACGUCAACACUCCAUAAGUGGCCCGCGAGUUUUCUUCUUGAGACCGCGAAGUGUCGUCUCACGGGAACAGCAAAAGAUUGGCUGCGGGCACAUAACGCUGAAAUUACGUCAUGGAAAGACUUCGAAGACCGUUUUCGACGCACUCUCGUUAGCCAACACGAGCAGCGGAACGAUGGAGGCGUAUGCAGGAACGCGUCCAGCAGAGAAGUGAAAGCACUGCGGCCUACUUUCAAUCUAAGACAACUUAGCACUAUGCUAUUAGGAAAAACGCACGACGACGAAGACGACCUCCUGCAUGAUAUUCAGGAAUUUGAAAGAAUCGACCGAGAAAGACAAGAGCGUUUUGGUUCAACGCGUGACAAAAAGACUGUGGUAAAUGCAUUACGUGCUACAGAUACGGCUACGACAACUAUAAGGAAGGCCAUCGAUGAACGUGACAACAAGGACAGACGACCUCCAGUCUCCAACGAAAAAGGUGAGCGUAAAUCUUACAACUGUAACCAGUACGGACACAUGGCACGUGACUGCCCCCAAACGAAACGUCCAAUGAAGUGCCUGCGCUGUAAUGGAACUGACCACACCCAACGUCACUGCAAGGAGGGAGUGAUGACCGAGCGUACUGAGGCAAACACUGUGAGUCAACCAACGGAUGAGACGAAGCACGCUGGUGUUUUGCUAAAGGAGGUGAUACUAAAUGAAGAGUUCCCCCUCAUCGGACUUGUUGACACAGGUAGCUCUGGCUGCCUCCUUCGCGCGUCUGCGGCAGCACGAUGUGGUACAGAACUCAUUCGGGAGUCACCGCCUCUGUAUGGGUUUGGAAACAGCAGCGAGCCUGUGACUAAGAGCAUAGGAAGGUGCAAGGCUAAUAUAGAGAUAGACGGUGUUGUUGCAAGGGAUAUUCCCAUUCUCGUGGUCCCAGACGAGGCCCAGACUGUGGACUUGCUAAUCGGACGAACCUUUACUGAGUUACCCUACCUAACGUAUGCAAGGGUAGGAGGCUGUCUUCGGUUUUGGCAUCAGAAUGAUUGCCCAUUUGCCCAUUUGGAACCGUUUGACGUUCAGCAGAAGCUACAAAUGAGGGCAAAGGAAGAAUCCAACCUACAGAAAGAUAGAGUCAACUGGAUUACGCUUACAACAGAGCAACGGCUUACUGGUCCCGUCGUCUACAGACACUGUGGACAGGAUGUCCUGGUUGACAUGACACUUGGUGAAGUAACGUUGCCCAUGUGCGCAGCGGGUGAUCAUGACGCAAUCAUCAAGAAAGGACAACCCCUUGGACGCGCUGAACAGAUUGAAGUCUUCAAGGUGGACGCCAUGGAUCAACAGGAAGUCACUACCGUGCGACAACCUAUCCUGAUGACUGAGGUCAAUGUGGGACCUACAGUCACAGAGCUACAACAUACCGAAUUGGUGGAAACAUUGAACAUGUUCCGGGAAUGCUUCGCAAUGACGCCAAGCGAGUUGGGGUGUACGUCCGUGAUGAAAAUGAACAUCGUCGAAGUUCCGGGGAGUACUCCAGUUUCUGUGCGACCCUAUCGGACGAAUGCUGAAGGACGAGAAACAAUACGCAAGAUCGUCAGUGAGUGGAAGAACCUUGGAUUGGUAACCGAAACAGAUUCCGACUAUGCCAGCCCUGUGUUGGUAGUGGAUAAAAAGAAUGGGGAGAAACGACUUGUAGUCGACUAUAGAAGACUGAAUGCCCAAACAGUAAAGGAAAAGUAUCCUUUACCAAACAUAGAUGACCAGUUUGAAGGACUCGCAGGGGCAAUGCUCUAUACGGUCCUGGAUCUUGCUCAUGGUUACCUGCAAGUGCCAUUAACGGAAAGUGCAAAGCGUAAGACUGCAUUCAUUACACCCGAUGAAACAGGGCAGUUCGAGGGGAUGAUGUUCGGCCUCACCAACGCACCAAGCGUCUUCCAACGCCUUAUGAAUAAGGUCUUAGGGCCCCUAAGAGGACAAGUAGUGAUGUGUUAUUUAGACGAUGUUCUCAUCCCAGCACAGGAUUGGAGUGACAUGAUCCGACGAUUACGGCAGGUUUUGCACGCUUUUAGAGGUGCAAAUUUGACCUUACGCCUGAGCAAGUGUGUUUUUGCCAAAGACAGUGUGGAAUACCUUUGUUUCCGUUUGACCAGUGGACAGAUGCAGCCUGGGGAAGCUAAGUAUGCUAUGAUUGCUGAACCAUUAACGAGGUUGACAAGGAAGGAUACGGACUUUGAUUGGGGAGCUGAACAAGAGAGUUGCUUCCAAUACCUAAAGGAAAGUCUGACGACAAAGCCCGUGCUGCAGCUUUUCGACCCUAAAUCGGAGACUGAGCUGCAUACCGACGCAAGUUCAAAAGGGCUAGCAGGAAUGUUGCUGCAACAAAAGGGGAAUAAGUGGCACCUUGUCUAUUGCGUGAGCAAGAAGACAACUGAGACAGAGAGCAACUACCACUCAACAAGAUUGGAACUCAUGGCCAUCGUUUGGUGUGUGGACAGAUUGAGAUCUCUACUGCUGGGCAUCCACUUUACCGUAGUUACGGAUUGCCAGGCUCUUGUCUAUCUUAACGCGCAACGAGCACAGAAGCCCCAGAUUGCAAGAUGGUAUGACCUGAUACAGGAGUUUGAUUUUUCCAUCAAGCAUCGACCGGGAUCGCAGAUGCUACAUGUUGAUUCUCUCAGCCGAGGCCCUGUAGAUGAGCCAGUUGACACAAUGGACUCUCCUUGA